AAGAGAGAGAGAGAGAGAUAGUCGAAAGGGAGAUUUGUUGAUCGUGACGAGAAAGAACAGAGAGUAGUAGUUGGAAUCCAGUAGAAAGAAAUCGAAACCGACUGCCCAUAGGGCCUCAGCCCACAGUGGUCGUAAAAUCGAACAUUAUGUCUUCAUACUGGUUGAGCUAAGCAUAUGGACCAUCUUAUUCACCUUCCUAUGCUGGAAGUCGAUCCCAGAUUCGGCAUUCUGCAUACGGUGCCACCUUUGGGUCGGUACACCUAUCUCAGAUCUCAUGUACACAGUUCAUGCACACGACAACUUGGCUCUAUAUAUAGUGCCCCCUCACUCUGACGUUUCGUCUCACCCCAACUCCUCUUAGUUCUCCGGAGCCUUCCUCUAUGGCGCAGCCACGACUCGUCUCUCUCGCCUUCUUCGUCGCCGUCCUGAUCUCAGGUCUGUUAUCAUCACUGGUUCUAUGCAUGCCUUCCUUUGCCAUUGUUACGUCGUGUGUUCUUGCACGACACCUGUCGGUGCUUCUUCAGGCGCCCACUCCACCACCUUUAGCUUCAAGAACAACUGCUCCUUCACUAUUUGGCCUGCCUCGUUGGCCAAUUUCGACAUAGGUGCUCUUUCCCAGACCGGAUUCCUGCUGGCAGUCGCGCCUCCUUUUCACUGGAUGCGCCACACACCUGGGGAGGCCAGCUGUGGUCUCGGCAAACGUGUUCCACGGACUCGGUGGGCAAAUUCUCAUGCUUCACCGGGGACUGCAGCAUUGGGCAGGUGGCGUGCAAUGGGGCGGGAGGAGCGUCCCCGACAAUGCUAAUCGAGUUCAUGUUGAGAUUUGAUUCAUAGUUGUCUAGGUAGUUAUCGUGAUCUAGUAGUUAUACGGUGACUUCAAUAACUACCUCAAUCGUUAUCUAGAAGUUAUAGGGUAGUUUCAAUAACUACCUUUAUCUUGGGUGACAUGGUGAUAUGGGUAGUUACCACUAGUUCUAUAAAUAUGAUCAUAGUUCAUAAAGCAAGGAAAUAUAGAGAGUGGCUUCAAUAACUACCUUAAUCAUGAUCUAGAAGUUAUAGGGUAGUUUCUAUAACCACCUUUAUCUUGGGUGACAUGGUGAUAUGGGUAGUUACCACUAGUCCUAUAAAUAUGAUCAUAGUUCAUAAAGCAAGGAAAUAUAGAGAGUGGCUUCAAUAACUAUCUUAAUCAUGAUCUAGAAGGUAUAGGGUAGUUUCUAUAACUAUCUUUAUCUUGGGUGACAUGGUGAUAUGGGUAGUUACCACUAGUCCUAUAAAUAUGAUCAUAGUUCAUAAAGCAAGGAAAUAUAGAUGAGAAUACUGCUUAGAUUGGAUGAUUGAGAACAGUAGAUUGGAUGAUUGAGAACAGUCUCGACGUUAUCCUUGUCUUCUUAUUUUUUUUUCUCUUCUCAUAUUUUUAUGUCCUUUUUUUUUCUGAUUUUGAAUCAUGUUGUUGCUGUAGUUUUCUAUCCAUUUUUUUCAUAGCCCUCACACCCUCUUUAUUAGAUCUAGGUUUAGGUUAAUAAGGGAAGUGGGCUGCUAUUAAAGCCCACAAUGGGCUGUCUGCCCAACACGACCAAGCCGUAAAAGAAGGAAAAAUAAAGUAGGAAAUUAUAAUCUGACAAGAACAUAACAACAGGAUGAGGAGGAGCUUCUAUACUUUGUGAUCUUAUUUGCUUCAAACAUGUCUUUGUUCUUCAAUUUAGUCUGUUCUUUCUUUUCUCACUUAAAUGAUGGAGACGGACGACAGAAAGAUAAAAAAAGAAAAAAAAAAAAAAAAAAAGGAGAAAACGAUCGACCGCACUAUUGAAUAAUGUAGACAAUGAGAGAUGGAAUAGAAAGAGAAGAGAGAGAGAGAGAGAUAGUCGAAAGGGAGAUUUGUUGAUCGUGACGAGAAAGAACAGAGAGUAGUAGUUGGAAUCCAGUAGAAAGAAAUCGAAACCGACUGCCCAUAGGGCCUCAGCCCACAGUGGUCGUAAAAUCGAACAUUAUGUCUUCAUACUGGUUGAGCUAAGCAUAUGGACCAUCUUAUUCACCUUCCUAUGCUGGAAGUCGAUCCCAGAUUCGGCAUUCUGCAUACGGUGCCACCUUUGGGUCGGUACACCUAUCUCAGAUCUCAUGUACACAGUUCAUGCACACGACAACUUGGCUCUAUAUAUAGUGCCCCCUCACUCUGACGUUUCGUCUCACCCCAACUCCUCUUAGUUCUCCGGAGCCUUCCUCUAUGGCGCAGCCACGACUCGUCUCUCUCGCCUUCUUCGUCGCCGUCCUGAUCUCAGGCGCCCACUCCACCACCUUUAACUUCAAGAACAACUGCUCCGACCCUGUUUGGCCUGCCUCGCUGAACAAUUCCGGCAAAGGUGCUCUUUCCCAGACCGGAUUCCAGCUGGACAGUGGCGCCUCCUUUUCGCUGGAUGCGCCACCCGCCUGGGGAGGCCGGCUGUGGGCUCGGCACAAAUGUUCCACCGACUCGUCCGGUAGAUUCUCGUGCCUCUCCGGGGACUGCGGCACUGGGCAGGUGGCGUGCAAUGGGGCGGGAGGAGCGCGGCCGACCACGCUCGUCGAGUUCACCCUGCAGGGCGACGGAGGCAAGGAUUUCUACGACGUGAGCUGCAUCGACGGCUUCAACGUGCCGGUGUCGGUCGUUCCCAGCGGGGGGUCGAACUGCGACAGCACGUCGUGCCGGACGAACAUCAACGCGCGGUGCCCCACGGAGUUGCAGAUGCUGGCGCCGGACGGGAGCGUGGUGGGGUGCAAGAGCGCAUGCUUAGCCUUCGACACGUACGAGUACUGCUGCAAGGGCCAGUACGAUAGCCCGGACACAUGCAAGCCCACCAGCUACUCCAAGAUGUUCAAGGAUGCGUGUCCUCAAGCUUAUAGUUAUGCUUAUGAUGACAAGAGCAGCACCUUCACCUGCGUGGGGGCUAAUUACGAUAUCACCUACUGCCCUUGAAACCAACGUACAUCUAUCACAAGCUUCUUCUUAUCUCGCUUUGGCUCUCGAGAGAGCAUAAAUAAAAGAAGAGU